AUGAAAACUGUUAACGAAACAUAUGCAGAUAAUACAACAUAUGCAUUAUCAACUGGAUUAAUUUUACCUCAUAGUUGGAAUUGCGACUCAUCUACAUUAGCUGCCUAUGGAUUUUCUGCACUUCUUGGGUCUAGAUUGCACAGAGAUUUGUAAGUAUUUACUCUCUUACUAAGUUCUUUAAUAACUUUUUAUGGGCCUUGGGAUCUUCCUAAUAAUGUUCAAGUCUAUAACUGA